GAGAUGCAAAUUCUCUCUGUGUGAGCUUUCAAGAGAGCGUCCAUAAUAAACACUUCCUCAGCAGUGGUGUGAUGGGAGUUGAACUGUAAGCUGCUGACCAAUGAGAUGGAGGCUGUGCAGUCAUCCCAGCAGCAGCAGCAGCAGCAGCAUCAGUGUGUGUCCGUGAGAGAGCGAGUGUGUAGUAGCCUCAAACGGUGGGACUGUGGACACCCUCUCUGAACUGAACGGGACUCUCAGCAGGCAGGCCGUGCAUUUCGCCCCUCUCAAUGUGCUUUUUACCAAAUGGAAGCAGAGGUGUUGAGCCCUCAGAUGAUGGCAGACGUCAAUGGCAACAAUAAAAUCACCAACGCGGAGCUGGAGGUGUUAAAGCUUCAGGAACUGGUUCGAAAACUGGAAAAGCAAAACGAACAAUUGCGGACUAGAGCGAACGCUGUAAACAAUUGCUCCAUCGGCCCUCAUCUCCAGACGUCGUUGUCGUGUCUGCACGGCGGUACGUCGUGUCCGAGUGACAAUUUCUCCUGCAAAUAUGGCAUUUCGAGUCCGACGCAGUCGCCUCCGUGUGUCCCCGGACCCCGAGGUUCAACGGAGGAGCCUUUCGCUUAUUUUCAGCCGAGCUCGGUGUCUCCUGACGCCCCCGGGGAGGACAGUGGCGCCGCUGGAGCCACAACUGUUUUGGAUGAGGUUGAUAUUUUGGACCUCAACGCCGUGCUCCCUGUCGGAGAGCCCGAUAGCUGGCUGUAUGUGAGUCCUAAAGCCAAGCUGCAGAGUGAGAACAUCCUCAGCCCUCUCCAGUGGUGCAGGCAGGUACUGGACCACCCGGGGCCCGAGGUGGAGCUGGCCAAGAUGACCCUCUGUCACAGACUGGACCAAGCUAAGCGGAGACGUGGAGUCUCCUCCGUCCGUCCAUAUAGCUGCAUAGAGGGGCUCUCCGCCCUCAGCUGCCCCGUCCUGCCUUACACCAAAUCUACUGCACUAACCGAGUCUCCAGCCCCUUUGCCAUCAUCAGGUCAGUCCUUUCUCCAGCCAACUCUCACGCUCAGGCCCAGCUGCAGCCUCAGUGACAGGGCGCCCACCUUCCUAUCAAACUCCACUCUCCACAAUGUGGGACGCCGGCAUGCAGCAAUCAGCCCCCAGUCUUCCCUGGACAGUGAGACAGGUGUGUCAGAGUUGGAGGAUGACUCCAUCUCGAUGAGCUACAAACUGCAGGACAUGACAGAUGUGGAGGUCAUGGCACGACUUCAGGAGGAGAGUCUCCGACAGGAUUACGCCUCUACCUCAGCCACAGCCAGCCGUCGCUGCUCCAGCUUCUCCUUACACUCCCUCAGGCGCAGUGAGAUGGAUCUGGAUGAGGAGGAUGAGGAGGACGAGGGCUAUGACCAGCUCCCUCCUCCCCAGCCUCGAUUGUUUCGCACAGGGUCUAUGCAGCGGGGCAGCCUGCCCCACUCUCACACCUUUUCUAGUAUACGGGACUGCAGACGCAGCUCAGCCACCCCUCAGUUUUCACUCAGCGGACUCUCCCAGUACUCUGGGCCCUCCAGCCUGACCACAGAAACACACACAGCUUACAGGAAUAGCACAGACAAGCUACGGAGAAGCAUGCCCAACCUGAUCCGAGCUCCCAGCAUGCCCAGUGUUCCCAGUAUUUCAUGCCUGGCUUCCCCUGUCAACCCACCCUCCCACGGUCCCUCCUCCUUGCCAUUGAUAUCCUCUCUCCGGAGCAGCCAGAGCUUUGACUCAUCCAAUGGGCUUGCACGACUCCAGUCCUCUAUUCCUUCCCCAGGGCAGCUCAGUCAGCGGGUCCAUAGUGUGGGGAACUUCCCCACUACUCCCCGACACCCACUUAAAGCCACCGCCUAUGUGAGCCCUACCGUGCAGCAGGGCCCCACCUCCCUGUCCUCCUCUGUCAGCCUACACUCCAUCCCCAGCAGUGCUGCGCUGCCUCAGCCCCUCAAACCCAGCAGCACUUUGGUACCGCAGCCCCUAAAAGCCAGUGGCAACCAGUCAUCUGUUCCUCGCAGCUCCCUUCCUCGCCCAGCCUCCUUUAUAGGAACAAGUGGGGUUCCGCGUGCCAGCAAAAUCACGCAGCCCACACGCAGUUUGCUGACCCCUCCAAAGAGCCUGGCUGCCCUGAGCUCCCUGAGAGAUGGCAGCUGGAAAGAUGGCUGCUACUGAACCCAAAUAAACUGAUGUCGAAGAAGUGCACAGGGUAACACUGCAUGGGACCCAACUGAUUUAAAAAAAAUCCCAUCAGGAGGGCCCAGUCUUGGGCUGUGACCCAAGAGAGAAUGACUGUUAACCUUUCUAAAAGGCACUACUCCUCGCUGAAGGACGAAGCAGUGACUGAGAACAGUAUGGGUCCAGCAGGCUGGAUCUUGACCUUACUAGCUGCUGAAACACAGACUGACACACUAUGACUCAACCUGGCAAUAUUCUGAUAAUCAGCUGUUAAUUGUGGACCGAAUCUUGUUUAAUAUGUGUUGUUUUUUUAAUUUGUCAUUGUGGAGUGUUAAGGCUUUCAUUCAGCUGAAUGAAAAUUUCUCUCCAGUUGAAGGCAUAGAAAAAAAUAGGCCAUGCUUUUGUACACGCUUUUCAUGAUUUCAUGAUUUCAUAUGAUGAAUUUUGCAAGUAUUCAUUUUUGUCAGACUGUGGUGUCAGAUAUGAAGGUGAACCUUUUGUUUCAUCCCGUGCCUGGUAAAACGUAGCGUAUGUCAGUAGUAUUUAUUGGCUCACCCUUGCAGCACUUUUGAUCAGAAUUAUGGUUAACACAUUAAAAUAAAUCUUUUCUUUUUUUUUUGUAAAAUAUGACGUUAUGUUCAAGUGAGUAUACACACAUUAUCUUUUGGCCACCUUGUUUUCAUUAACGUUUACAUGAGAGCUAAUAUUUUUAAUGUUCUUUCAUAAACGUAAUAGCUCCAAUGGUAUUGCACAUAGAGCCCUGAUGCUUUUUAUGGAUGACAAGAAUUUAAAGGGGAGGUGAGUUUUUAAAGCGAAUAAAAGCCUUUCAAAGUG